AUGGAGACGUUUACUGAGAAAUAUUUAGUGAGGAGCCCUCUGGCGUGGUAUUCCAACCCUAAGUUCCUGCGUAUUUUCCGUGUUGUGCAGCUUUUAUCGUUGCUAACAGUACUUGGGCUUCUCGGAUAUGUUUGUAACCAAGGAACUUACAUUUCAACAUUUGGACUUAUCGCAAGCAGCAUUUCAGCAUUCUACUUGAUCGUUGUUAUGAUAAUUCCAGUUCCUGCCAAUAUCGGUGCGCUCGUACUGUGUGUCUUUGAGGCAAUCAUGGCCGCCCUCAUGCUCGCGGCUUUUAUUGAGCUGGGUGCCGACAACGGCCGUAUCGUCUGUGCUUCUGAGGUUUUUACAAGUGAUCCUUCCAAUUAUUAUUGGGGUGAUUACUUUUACUUUUCUUGGGAUGGUCGCGUGCCUUGCAAGGUAGCUCAGGCAUCGAUUGGGGUGUCAGGACUAGCCUUCGUUUUAUUUACGUGUUCAUCGAUUUUGUUUGGAGUAAACGUGGUGGCACCAAUUAGACGCGCUUUCGGCAUGAAGUUGGAAGGUGCCGAUGCUACCGCGCAGUUGCAAAGAGGUUCUAAUCUUGCCAUCAGUCGUACCGCAACUCUUCAAAAUGACAUCGAGGCUCUCGCACCUGAAACUAAUGUAGCGGCACCAGAGACUACUUCGCAUGUGGUUGCAGAGCCUACGGCUGCUGAGCCUACAGCUGUUGAGCCUACUGUUGUGGAGCCUGUAGCUGUUGAGCCUGUCGUGCCAAGAGCAACUGCUUAG